AUGCAUGGACCGUGUGGAGCUCAUAAUCGGAAGUCUCCGUGUAUGAAGGACGGGGUUUGCACAAAACGCUACCCGAAAUCGUUCUGCGAGCAGACACGCGCAUCCGAGAAUGGCUAUCCGGAAUACCGUCGCCGGAACGAUGGACGCACCGUGACGGUGAAAGGGGUAGUGCUUGAUAACCGACAUGUCGUACCGUACAACCCGUGGCUUUCACACAAGUACGACUGUCAUAUCAACGUGGAAGUGUGUACGUCCAUCACCGGUGUCAAGUACCUGUACAAAUACGUGUACAAGGGCAACGAUCGAGCUGCCGUAUCUUUCGGAUCGAGAGUGGAUGAAAUCGCCGACUACCUGGACGUGCGGUACAUUUCGGCGUCCGAAAGCUGCUGGAGAAUCAUGCGAUUCGAGGUGCAGGCGAAAUCACACACCGUCAUUACACUACCGAUACAUCUCCUCCACCAGCAGAGUGUUCUCUUCAGGCAGAACGAACCGGUCAGUGCGGUGCUGGCACGUGUUCCGAUGCACUAUCGAUUCGCCAAACCAACAGCAGCUCAACGGCAGCCGUGGCACAAUGGUUCGGGCCAGCAGUGGGUACGACGCAUCCGCAACGAACAGAUGGUCAUCGGCAGAAUGGUCUACUGUCCUAUGGCGGACAUGGAGCGAUAUUGCUUGCGGCUGUUGUUAUGCUACCGCAAAGGGCCCACUUCGUUCCAGGAUUUGCGUACAGUCCGUGGCACAGUGUGUGCCACGUAUCAACAAGCCGCCGUCAUGGAGGGUCUGCUUCAGGACGACAAUGAGUGGGAACGGGCACUACGUGAAGCGGCAUCGUUCCAAAUGCCCCGGCAGUUGCGGAACUUUUUCGCUAUGAUCCUGACAGCUGGACAGCCACAGAAUCCGCGGCUUUUGUGGAACACGUUCGUGGACCUUUUCACCGAGGACUUUCGUCGCCAACAUCGGGAUCGUUACACGUCGGAUGAGGCGGAUGCGCAGAAUCAGAUGCUGCGCGAUGUCGAACAUUUUCGCGCACUCUGUGAAAUCGACUGCUAUCUGCGCAGCUCCACACCGCCGAAGAAUCUAACGUGCUAUGCGCGAAUGCCACAGAUUGCUGAUUAUGGUCAUUUUCACGCGCACCUAAUCGAUGACCGAACAAAUGCAUUGAUCGACGCUGAACGACAACACCCUGUGACCGAUCUCGACAGUGCACUCGCCACGGUGCACCUACUUAACGCAGAUCAGCUCAGAGUGUAUGAUCAACUAAAGGCGGCUGUGGAUUCGAAUGACGCCGAGAGCGAACGGUUGUUCUUUCUGGACGGUCCGGGUGGUACCGGAAAAUCGUACCUGCUGGAAAAGGUUCUUGCAUACACCCGUCGUCAGGGUAAAAUCGCACUCGCCACGGCUUCGAGCGGGAUCGCUGCACUGCUGCUCAGUGGUGGCAAAACAGUGCACUUCACUUUUAAACUGCCCCUCGAUCUCGACGAUCGCAGUACUUGCGCUAUACCGGUGCAAUCUAAACUUGCCGAGUUAAUGCGCGAGACUACAUUGAUCGUAUGGGAUGAAGCUUCGAUGGCCAGUCGCUACGCACUCGAGGCUGUCGAUCGCACACUACAGGACAUCAUCGGUGUGCGACGACCUUUCGGUGGCAAAGUUGUGCUGCUUUCCGGUGAUUUCCGCCAGAUCCUUCCUAUCGUACCAAGAGGAACGGAGGCACAAAUCAUCGACCAGUGCAUCAAGCGGAGUGCAUUGUGGCAGCAAUUCAACAAGCUGCGUUUGCGAGUCAAUAUGCGCGUUCGAUCUGCUCCGGACGCGAACCGUGCCUGCGAUUUGCAAGAGUUUGCUGACUUCUUGCUAAAGAUCGGUGAGGGCCGCCACGAUGUUAUCCCCGGACUGGACCCGUCUUUUGCAAGAUUACCGGUGGACAUGGUGUUGCCCGCUACCAAUCAACUGCAAGAUGGCCUGCUUUCGCUGAUCUCCAAAGUUUACCCGGAGCUGGAGCAGUACUAUCGUGAUGAGGAUUUUUUCUCCGAUCGUUCGAUUCUGUCACCGUUCAACGUUGAUGUUACUACCAUCAACAAUGUUGUGCUGGACAGGAUACCCGAGCCACUCAUGGAGUACCGUUCCGUCGACACACUGGUGAAUCCGGAAGAGCAGGAAAAUCUGCAACUGCCGCCCGAGUUCCUCAACUCGCUUAACAUCAGCGGCAUACCUUUGCACUGUUUGCGGCUAAAGCGAUACGCGCCGGUUCUGUUGCUGCGCAACCUGAAUACCGACAUGGGGUUGUGCAACGGCACUCGCUUGCAGAUUGUGGAAAUGAAGGCGAAUUGCAUUCAUGCCCGCAUACUAACCGGCAAGCGACAAGGCGAUGACGUUCUGCUUCCCCGAAUUUACUGCGAUAGCAACGAUAAGGGUCUACCGUUCCAGAUACGACGCAAACAGUUUCCGGUUCAGCCUUGCUUCGCGAUGACGAUCAAUAAAUCGCAAGGGCAAUCGCUGCACCAUUUGGGUCUCUUUCUGCCGAGACAUGUGUUUGCUCACGGUCAGUUGUAUGUGGCGUUAUCGCGCGUUACAUCUAAAUCCAACAUUGCGAUACUGAUCGCCAAUCCGGAACGGCAGGACGAACAGGGCGUCUCGACGAAAAAUAUUGUUUACAAAGAAGUCGUCAACGGUUGA